UUGACAACAACUCAUCGGAUUGAGUAUCCGUUUGGAGAUCAGGUCUCUGCUGGCAUCAUCGCUACAACAGUACAUACAAGCAAGGCGUCUUCGAGAUCCUACUACAUACCUGAAUCCCCUCCUGACAGAUUCAUUCACAUCCUCACAAGAACAAAUGCGGUUCUCCUUUAUCCUCAUCAUCGUUGCUACUUUGAUAGCAUCAGUAUCUGCCAGUGACGCUGCAACUGAGCAUUGUCCUAUCUUUUGCAUUCAUGAUCGUCACUGCAGCAGCGGCGUGGUAUUAGACAUUCAUUGGGAUGUGCCAGAGGUAUUGAACAACGUGUUUGCUUCUGAAAGCCGCACGAGCAAUGGAGAUCUUGGAAGAGUGGAGAUCUGUGGUGUCUUCCGUUGCCACCGAGCA